AUGUCGAAGAGCCUCUUAACCCCGAAGUCAAACUACGGUGAUUGGCGCGACUUCUUUUUCGAACAUGGCUACGCCAUCAUUAAGAACGCUAUUACUCCUGAGCGAGCUGAGUAUUACAAAUCAAAGCAGGUCGACUGGCUCAAAUCUUUCAAUCGGGGAUUCGAUCCGGAAAACGAAGACACCUGGACCUCUGAGCAUCUCCCAGUCUCGUUCAAGGGUGGAAUGGAGCCUGGGGUGAUGAACCCAUUCAUUCAUAUCUGGGAGACAGAGGAGUUGCUGGUCAGUUUCGAUAUGUUCAACAUCACACUUCCUCGCCAGAAGGACUUAAAGUGGUCUCCAUGGCCCCACUGUGACCAAGAUCCCAAGAGAAAGGGUCUUCAGUGCAUCCAAGGUCUUCUCAACUUCGCCCCCAACGGAGAUGACGAUGGCGGCCUCAUCCUGAUGGACGGCUCCGCUAAGCUCUACGAUCAAUUCUUCAAGGAGACACGCGAGAUGGCAAACCAUGAAGACGCCCCACCUCCCGAAGCGAACUACCGUGACCUGUUCAUUUUCAAGGAAGACGAUGUCAAGUGGUUUGAGGAUCGCGGAUGUCGCCUCAUCAAGCCCAACCUGGAGCCAGGCGACCUGGUGCUCUGGGAUUCACGAUCGAUGCAUUAUGCCAAACAUCCUACGGGAACUCAAAUCAGGCACGCCCAGUACGUCUGCUUCACGCCCGUCAAAUUCGCCGACCCACAGGCAUUGAAAGAGAAGGCGGAUAUUUUCCGUUCGUGGGGGGGUACCACGCACUGGCCGCACACAAACAUCCAUCCCCAAGGAAAAGCAAAGAGGGACGGAGUCCUUGACCCACAAGAGCGCGAGGAACCUCUGGAGAAGCCUAUCGUAACGGACAGGCUGCUGCAAUUGGCGGCGGUGAAGGCAUAUUGA